AUGACGGACCAGAAGAAGGAUCUUCCAAAGAUCCGCGAUGAGGAGCGAGAGCGCCGUUUCGGUACCGUUUUCGGCGUCUCCGGUCCAGUCGUUGUUGCCGAGAACAUGAUUGGUUCGAGCAUGUACGAGCUUGUCCGCGUCGGUCACGAUGAGCUUGUCGGAGAGAUUAUUCGUAUCGAUGCCGAUAAGGUCACUAUUCAGGUCUACGAGGAGACUUCCGGUGUCUCUGUUGGUGACCCUGUGCUCAGUACCGGCAAGCCUCUUUCCGUCGAGCUCGGUCCUGGUCUCAUGGAGAAUAUUUACGAUGGUAUUCAGCGUCCUCUCGAAGGUAUCAUGAAGAAGUCGGGCGGUAUCUACAUUCCCAGGGGUAUCAACACUCAGGCCCUCGACCGUCAACUCUCUUGGGACUUCACUCCUGGCCAGCUCAAGCUCGGCGAUCACAUCAGUGGUGGUGACAUCUUUGGUUCCGUCUACGAAAACUCGCUACUCAAGGACCACAAGCUCAUGCUUGGCCCCCGUAACAUGGGUACCAUCACUCACAUUGCCGAAAAGGGCUCUUACUCGGUCGAUGACGUGGUCUUGGAAACCGAGUUCCAGGGCAAGAAGCAGAAGCACACUAUGCUUCAGAUUUGGCCCGUCCGUGCUCCUCGUCCCGUCGCCGAAAAGCUCACCGCCAACAACCCUUUGCUCACCGGACAGCGCAUUCUCGACUCGCUCUUCCCAUGCAUUCAGGGUGGUACUACGGCUAUUCCUGGUGCUUUCGGAUGCGGUAAAACCGUCAUUUCUCAGGCUCUGUCGAAAUAUUCCAAUUCAGACAUCAUCACUUAUGUCGGAUGCGGAGAGAGGGGAAAUGAAAUGGCCGAAGUACUCGCUGAAUUCCCCGAGUUGACAUUGACAAGGGACGGCGAAGAGUACCCUAUCAUGAAGCGCACAACUCUCGUCGCCAACACCUCCAACAUGCCAGUAGCCGCCCGAGAGGCUUCCAUCUACACAGGUAUCACUCUCUCCGAGUACUUCCGUGACCAGGGUUACAACGUCGCCAUGAUGGCUGACUCCACUUCUCGAUGGGCUGAGGCUCUUCGUGAGAUUUCCGGUCGUCUUGCCGAGAUGCCUGCCGAUUCCGGUUACCCAGCCUACUUGGGUGCCAAGCUCGCCUCUUUCUACGAGCGUGCUGGUCGUGUUGCUUGUCUUGGUUCGCCAGAGCGUGAAGGUUCCGUCUCGAUUGUCGGUGCCGUAUCGCCUCCCGGUGGUGACUUCUCGGACCCAGUUACAUCUGCUACUCUUGGUAUCGUCGGUGCUUUCUGGGGCCUCGACAAGAAGCUCGCACAACGUAAACACUUCCCUUCCGUCAACUGGGACGUCUCCUACUCCAACUACAUCAAUGCUCUCGAACCCUACUACGAGAAGAACCGUCCCGGCUUCAUUGCGCUCCGUACUACCGCGAAGAGCAUGCUUCAGAAGGACUCUGACUUGGCCGAAAUCGUACAGCUCGUCGGUAAGUCGGCGCUCGGCGAAGGCGACAAAGUUACAUUGGAUGUUGCCAAGAUCAUGAAGGACGACUACUUGCAGCAGAACGGUAUCUCGGAGUACGACGCCUACUGCCCCUUCUACAAGACCUCGGGUAUGCUCAAGAACAUGGUCGACUUCCACGACAAGGCACAGGCUGCCAUUGCCAACAACCCAGAAAUGACUUGGGCUAAGGUCAAGGAACACUGCUCAGAUGUGAUUUAUCAAUUGACACAGCAGAAGUUCGAGAGCCCUAGGGAGGGUGAGGAGGCCAUCACUAAAAAGUUCGACAAGCUCAACCAGGACAUUGCUGAGGCUUUCCGUACUUUGACCGACUAA